AAUCCCCUCUUAUAAGUCAACGAUGUAUUGAUAACAACUCAAUACACGAGACUUUCUGUCUAAAACACAAUUCCUAUAAAAGUCUAGUUCAAAUCAACAAGUAUCACUAGUUAACAUUCGCAUAGAAAACAAUCAAUCUAAAUAUUUUAAAUAUUUCUCUACAAUUGAAGUACUAAACAUGAAUUUCCAUAAAGUCUUAAUUUUUGUCGCCUUGAUCUUGGCUGUUUUUGCUGGACAAAGUCAUGCCGGUUGGUUGAAGAAAAUUGGCAAGAAAAUUGAACGUGUUGGUCAACAUACCCGUGAUGCUUCCAUACAAGCAAUUGGUAUUGCUCAGCAGGCUGCUAAUGUUGCUGCCACUGCUAGAGGUUAAAGAUAGAUAUAAUUAGUAAUUUAAUUAGUUUAUUAUUAGAAUUUAUAUUAUCAACUAUGUUUAUACAUAUUUAUUUAUUUCGGAAUUAAAUUUUUGGAAGAUUUUUUAUACAAAAUACAAUCAAA